GCAGUAAGGUUGGCUAUGCGCUAUGUAUAGCGCAUAUAUGCAAUGUGUGUAGGCAAAAGAUAGGCGCCGGGAACACAAGCUGACACAGUGACAUUCUAGAUCUACCGGUAUUUUCUUCAAAGUCAGACCGGCCAGCAUUCCAUUUUAGUUGUAUUUACUGCCAAGCGCAUGUCUAUCACCCUGGAUUAAAUAUUUGACUUUUGUUUUGGCGCAAUACUCAUCAUACCGGUACUAUUAUCUUAACCAUGCUUGGAGUCAGAGCUCUCCGUGGCGGAUGCCGAGGACGUGAAGCGGUCCGCAUCUUACCGCAGGUGUUUCAACGACUUGCACCAAGAUGGGGACGUAAGCUGACUGUGUCCCAGUGCAUGUCGUCGUCUGCUCACCCAGCCCCAGGCGUGGCUGAAGCAGAUGUAGCCGAACAGUCGAUCGAAUCGUCUUCCACUGAUCACACCAUCGAGACGAGAGUCGUUAGUCCCAUGCCAAGACAGCAGUGUCCCGUGUGGUCGCACAAUGAGUGGGAUCCCCUGGAGGAGGUGAUCGUCGGCCGUGUCGAAGGCGCUAUGGUGCCGCCCUUCACCACCGAAGUCAAGGCCAAUACAUACCAGUAUCAUUGGGACUUCUUCCAGAAAAAUGGAGGAAAAUCCUUCCCUGCUAAACAUCUGCAGUUGGCCCACGAGGAAGUUGAAGAAUUCGUCCGGAUUCUAGAGGCAGAAGGCAUCACAGUUCGCCGCCCAGAAAUCUGCGACUUCUCGAAGGAAUAUGUCACCCCCGAUUUCCGUUCGAGCGGUCUUUAUUCGGCAAUGCCACGCGAUGUGCUCCUCGUCCUCGGAGACGAAAUCAUUGAAUGCCCCAUGGCCUGGCGAUCUCGCUUCUUUGAGUACCGUGCUUUCAGACCCCUGAUCCGAGAGUAUUUCAAACUUGGCGCCCGCUGGACCACCCCACCAAAGCCACUCAUGAAUGAUGAGCUCUACGAUCAGAAUUAUCCAAUGGAUACUGUUGAAGACCGCCACCACUUGGCAGCAGAGGGAAAGUUCAUUACAACGGAGUACGAACCUUGUUUUGAUGCAGCUGAUUUCAUCAGGGCAGGCAAAGAUAUUUUCGUUCAGAGAAGUCAGGUUACCAAUAAGUUUGGCAUUGAAUGGAUGCGACGUCAUCUUGGAGAUCGUUAUCGCCUUCAUGUCCUGUCCUUUGAUGAUCCUAACCCGAUGCAUAUCGAUGCUACCUUCAACAUCAUAGGGCCCGGUCUGGUUCUAUCCAACCCUGAUCGACCGUGUCAUCAGAUCAAUCGCUUUAAGAAAGCUGGCUGGACUAUCGUGAAACCACCACCCCCAGCCAUGCCAGAUAGCCACCCACUGUGGAUGUCUUCAAAGUGGUUGUCGAUGAACGUCCUGAUGCUGGAUCCCAAGCGCGUCGUCGUCGACAGCAACGAGAUCCCCACCAUCAAGAUGUUCGAGAAGCUCGGCAUCGAGUGCGUCAAGGUCAACCUCCGCUUCGCCAACUCUUUGGGCGGUGGCUUCCACUGCUGGACCGCCGAUAUUCGACGUCGAGGUACUCUCGAAUCAUACAUCUAAAAAGUAUUAAAAAUUCAGUAUCAAUUAUGAUUGUUUGCAUACAGUGUUGAUAAAGUUAUGUAAAGGUCUCUCUUUUAGGUUUUCAGAGGUCUAUCACUUCGUCAUUUCAUCGGUUAUACGUCACUCUCGAUCUGGUUUGUGAAACACCAUCUCAGCUGCAAUCUUGUGUUUAAGGAGGUUUGUGUGUGACAUUCCGUUUUUUAUCUAUUUUACACAACACAAUGUAUAUUUUGUUUCAUAUUGCAUAUGUCAGUUGGCAGAUUGACAAACCUUUCGCAGUGUUGUUCUUUCUUUUGUUCACAAUGCCUAUCAAUGCAGAUUUUCAUAAAAUUUCAAUCUGUCCAAGGUAACAAAUGUAUCUUUGUUCAGAGUUGAAGGUGAAAACAUAGUGGUGAUUGAUGGAAAUGGUCAUUGAUGCGGUACAAUGAAGUUGGAUUUCCGCUUGAGUUAAAGCGCCGUAUUGUAAAUCGGAAUCACCAGACAACAAUAUAGAAACAAAUUUCUAACAACUUUCUUCAAAAUUAUAUCAUUUUUUCCUUCCUAAAUGAAACUCUAUAUCUGAAACAAGUCGAACGUUAUUUUGAUGUUGAAACUUAUCUGAAAUAAACUGAAAUUAAUGAUUGAAAUAUCACUGUUUUCAUCUGACUUGUGCAGAUUUUUUUUUUUCAUCUGAAAUAAUACGAAGAUUUGUAUUGACAUUAAUGCAACUCAAUGCGUAUCUCUGAAGAAAUCUUCAACACUUACUACAAAAUUAUGCUUUUUCAUGAUACUGUAGUACUGAAAUAUUACCCUUUAUCCAAAGAAAUCACAUCAGUAUCACCAGUGAACAAUGUUAAAACGAAUGUCUAAGCACUUUUAUCAACUUUAGAAUAGUUCUUGUUUCCUUAUGCUAUUAAAUUCUAUAUAUAAAAAAGAUGAUAUAUUUAGUUAGUACAAACUAAUUAGUUAUUGAAAUAUCGCUUUUUUUCAUCUGAAAUAUUCUGAUAUUUUGUUAUCUGAAAUAACAUGAAGUUUUAUAUGUUGAUAUUAGUACAUCUCAAUAAGUAUCUGACAACACUUUUACGACAAAAUUUUGCAACUAUACUGUUCUGAAAUAAUAUCCUUUAUUCUUACAAAGAAAUCGGGUACAUCGGACUCUUCAGUGAACAAUGUUAACACGAAUGUCUAAGCACUUUCAUCAACUUUAGAUAAUUUUUGUUUUCCUUAUUCUAUAAAAUUCUUUGAAAGGUGAAUGUUAUUUUCAGUUUUCACUGAAAUAAACAGAAAUCAAUAAUUGAAUUUUUUUUCAUCUGAUUUUUUUUCAUCUGAAAUAUCCUGAAUAUUUAUAUCAUGAUAUUAAUGCCUGUGAAUGCGCAUGCAUGUUAAAACACUUACAAAAAACAUAUUAUCCUCACAUAUUAGGGCCAAUACUGUGCUCAAAUCUACCACUUAGUCCGUACCAAGAAAACCAAAAAAGGAGUAAAUUUGCCAUAGAGCGAUUUAUUGUAUUACCCUGUAUACUGAUAUAUGCAAUGUAUACCAUCACUACAUUUUGAAAGACAGAAGAAACAAUGGGCCGAAAACGAAACCUUGGGGUUUGUCAUAAGACAGUCAGUAGACAUGUCUGACACGUAGCCCUGAUCUGAAGCAGAAUCACCCCCCCCCCCCCCGGCCAAACAAGAUCUGUAUUGCUAGAGAAUGAUUUCUGAAUUUGUCUGUUCUAGAUCCAUUUUAAAGUACGGUAGCUUGCAAUGGUAAUAGGUUAUAUGAAACAUUUUUCGGAUAAACGGUUAUCUUUAAACAUUUGAAAGUUCUCAAUAGAUUUUAUCACGUCACGAAUUUAUUCAAUUUUCAUAUCUUUUUGUACAUAGGAAUUUAUUUUAGGGACAGAAUUCUAGGGAGAGUUUGGGAAUUAUGAAGUUUUCGAUUUCAUGCUUGC